AUGGGUUUUGGUUUUGGUAUCGGUAUUGGUAUCGGUAUUGGUAUCGGUAUUGGUAUCAGUAUUGGUAUUGGUAUUGGUAUUGGUAUCGGUAUUGGUAUUGGUAUCGGUGUUGGUAUUGGUAUCGGUAUUGGUAUUGGUAUUGGUAUCAGUAUUGGUAUCGGUAUUGGUAUCGGUAUUGGUAUCGGUAUUGAUAUUGGCAUCGGUAUCGGUAUUGGUAUUGGCAUCCUCGUCAGCAUCUCCUCCUUGUACAUACACUCCAUCCACAUCCAUGGGCAGGCUUGUUGGGUCGCUUUCUGGCGUUGCAUGUUCUGGAUUCUGCAUUGGCAUUGGCUCUGGUAUUAG